AUGGACUGGCAGUCACAAUACGGAGACGAUGUCUGGGCGGAUAUGCUCCUCGAUUUGGAAGAGUCUGAUGUUCACGACAGAUUCGACAGCUGGCGCUUCUUUUCACCCAGUCUUGCCGCGCUGCCGGACCUUGAGGAAUCGGGAGCGUACGAUGGGUUGGCUUGGACCCCAUCGCCUAGCCAGAGAUCUAGCGCCGCCGAGCGGAAUACAGACGACGGGCAUGACUUGUUGCAUGCCACGGCCGGAGCAGUCAAUCCUGAAGCAAUUGAUGUACUUUUGCACUCCACUGCACUCGACAGACAGUCCUCUACGCCCAGGUUGCUCGAUUUGGCCAGGAGCCUCAGAAAUCCUACUAGCUCCGAAAAUGAACGAUCAAGCUUGAGUGUGUCCAAUAAAAACUACGGAACAACUGCGAGGCCGCACCCAGAAACGUUCGGUCGUCUGUCGCACAGUCUGCGACAUCGCUUGGUCAUGGUCUUCUUUCGGGUUGUGCACACUCUCCUACCGGUCAUCUGCAAAAAAGUAUUUUUCGAGUGGUAUAACAAAAAGUACGAUCUGGACAUGUAUACUGAACUUCAGCGAUUGACCCUAGAGGGCAUGAUGUUCGCCGCUUUCGCACAUCUCAACGUAAGAGAGCUUGAGGCGAGUCCUUUCUACACAAUCCUGGAAGGACAGGCAGAGAUGUUUGAGCAGGUCCGUCAAUCUUACGUGCGACUUGCUUCGAAGCACGAAGGCAGCAUAGAACUUGUGCAAGUCACACUUCUACUAACGACGUGGAGUCCCUACGACGCUUCUUUCGAAGUCAACGACUACUGGCUGGACGAGGCAUUACGGCACGCUUAUAAAGCCGGCAUCCCUAACGGGGAGAGUCCUCAUCAUCGCAUAUUGUGGUGGUGCUGUAUUGUUCGGAAUCGAAUCAGCGCACUAGCGCUUCGCCGUCCCUAUAGACUGCGGGACUUGCAACCGGACUUUGCUCCGUCAAUGGAGGAUUUUUCCACUCCGGAGCCUACAUCAUCACAGGCCCAAGAUUGUCACAGGGACAUGCUCUUGGCCGUAGAGGUGUUCCUAUCACUUUGCAAACUAUCCGUCGUCAUAGAGGAUAUCCUCCGACUUGGACCCAACACAACUCGCUGGGAUCCUUGGAGGGGAAUCGAAAAGGACCCAGUUCAUCGCAAACUCAAGCCAGUGAUGGACAUUGAUCUAAAACUUCAGGAAUGGUGCGACUCGUUCGACCUGAUCAUGUCGGGCUAUGCCCUUCAUACAGUCUCUAGCCAGCUCCGAGCGUCUUUCUUGACCCUCCGUAUCAUAGCCGAGUCGGCCAAAGCAGGGUGCUAUAUUCGAAUACUAAGAGAGGUCAACCCUGACCCUCUAACAAACUGGUACCUUGGCUCUUUAGCCAUUGGAAAAGCUAAAGAAGCAUCCCUGGCGGUGGCGAGCUACGGCCAACGGCUUGCAUAUACCGUCAAAGCUACGGAUAUUCCACCAUUAGCGCCCGCUUAUUUGAUCUUGCCCAUGACUGUCUACGCCGCAGAAGCCUAUAUCCACCGACACGAUCAGUUGGCUCAAUUCUCAUGGACUCGGUUGCAGGAGCUUCAAACAUUGUUGGAGAAACUUGAGCAACGUUUUCCAGGAGUGAGGCAUGUGGUUCAUCUUUUCAGGACCAUUGAACAGACUAUUGAUAGCCUUGGAAAGCUCUCUUCUGGUUUGUAA